GAGAGCCCCGCCCCCGGGAGGCCGGGAGAGAAGAGAACACGCGCGUCAGGAGCGCACACCGCACGGCGCACACACACACGCCUCCCGCGGCAAGCAGCGCAGGACACCGACGACGAAGCGAGGAGAGGGGAGGAGGCGGAGCCGAGCGCCCGAGCCCAACCCCGCAACCACGACCCACUUCCCCGUCGCGAUUCGCAUUGCCCUUCCCUCGGGUUCUACCCCCAGCCUCGCGCCGCCGCCGCCGCCGCCGCCCUUGCCAGAGAGAUCACCCCCCAUUCCCACAAUCCCGUCCCUCCCUCCGUCCCUCGAGGAGCCGAGCCCUCCGCGCGGCCGUGGGAUGGGGCAGUGACCGGUGAGUGGCGUGGGGAGCCGGUGGGCGGUGGCGAGGGCAUAUCAUGGUGCAGUGCCUGGACGGGGUGAGGCAGCUGCUCGCGGUCCUGCUCAAUUGCUGCGACGUCGAGCUCAAGCAGCCGCGGGGGCUCCAAGACCCCCAGGUCCUCGCGAGGGAGACCGUCUUCAGCGUGAGUGAGGUCGAGGCGCUGUACGAGCUGUUUAAGAGGAUCAGCAGCGCCGUCAUUGAUGAUGGGCUGAUUAACAAGGAGGAAUUUCAGUUGGCGCUAUUUAAGACCAACAAGAAGGAGAGCCUGUUCGCGGAUCGCGUAUUUGAUUUAUUUGACACAAAGCACAGUGGAAUUUUGGGAUUUGAAGAAUUUGCUCGUGCUCUCUCAGUAUUUCAUCCUAAUGCUCCCCUUGAUGAGAAAAUUGAUUUUUCAUUCCGGCUGUAUGAUCUCAAGCAGCAAGGCUAUAUUGAGAGACAAGAGGUUAAGCAGAUGGUUGUUGCAACACUUGCCGAGUCAGGAAUGAAUCUUUCGGAUGAAAUUGUAGAGAGUAUAAUUGACAAGACAUUUGAGGAGGCAGACACAAAGCAUGAUGGAAGAAUUGACAAGGAAGAGUGGCGCAAUCUAGUCAUUCGGCAUCCUUCUUUGCUGAAGAACAUGACUCUUCAGUACCUCAAGGACAUCACCACUACAUUUCCAAGCUUUGUCUUUCACUCUCAGGUUGAUGAUAACUGAAAUUGAUGGGGUUACUUUGAAAAGAAACAUUAGAAGAUAUUCUCAUGGGUUCUGAUAUGGUUUUCAUUUUUCAAAAUUGGGUUGUUGGAUUGAAAGAUUGUAGUGUUGUGAAGUACGUGCAUGUUGGAUUCGAGGACUCGAUUUUUUUUGUCAACCUUGUUUCUUUCAUUUGCAUGUCUGGAUGCGCAUGAAUAAGAUAUGAAGUUUAUGUCUAAA